CCUCUGCCCUCCUCCCACAGCAAAUACUUCCCGGGUCAGGAGAGCCAGAUGAAGCUCAUCUACCGCGGGCAGCUGCUGCAGGACCAGGCGCGGACGCUGCGCUCGCUCCGCAUCACGGACAACUGUGUCAUCCACUGCCAUCGCUCCCGGGGGGCCACCGCGGCCACCCCCGCCCUGCCCGACCCUGUCCCUGCCGUCCCCACAGCCCCGGGGCUGCCCCUGGGUGGGGGCACCCUCAUGGUCCCCACGGUCAUGGUGGUGCUGGCGCUCGGGUGGUAUUUCCGUGUCAACUACCGGCAGCUCUUCACCGCCCCGGCCACCGUGUCCCUGAUUGGGGUCACUGUCCUGGUCACCUUCCUGGCCUUCGGGGUGUAUGGACAGUCAGGAUGAGGCAGGACGGAGCUGGGGAGGUCCGAGUGUCCCUGUCCCCUCGCUGCCGGACUUUAUCCCCCCCCAAAAGGGGCUGUGCCCCCCCCCGCCCCACCUCAGAAUUCCAUUCCUCCCUUUCCCAUUCCCAAUCCCAGCUCUGGGGGAGUGGGACAGCACUGGAACAGGCUGUGGCUUUUUCCCAAGGACUUUUUAAAGCAAAUAAAGGGUGUCAAGUCACCCCAGCACUCAC